GACAUUGAUAAAAAAACAAGAAAAGGGUCAAACUAAAAUGGUAGGUAGUAAUAGUAUGUGAGUGUGGAAGGCCCGAAGAGACAUUUGAUCUGAGAAGUUUCAGGUCAAAUAAGAUGAGAACUGUUUUUCGCUUCUUCAACAUGUAUGCUUUUUGGCUUCUAAUAUGUUCUUCUCCAACGUGUUUCGCAGGGGACACUUUGAAUGCUGGCCAGAAGAUCAUAGGCAAUGAUACCAACCUUGUUUCAGCUGGAAAAAUAUUUGAACUAGGAUUUUUUACUCCUAACAUCACCAGUGGUUCACAAAGCUAUUUAGGCAUAUGGUAUCACAUGCAAGAGGGGUUAGAACAACCUCAAAAACAAAUUGUUGUGUGGGUUGCCAAUAGAGACAACCCUGUAGCUGUUGGUUCAACUGGAGUUGUCAAAAUAGCUGAAGAUGGUAAUCUUGUAGUUGAAGACACAUCUGGUUCUAAAACAAGUUACUGGUCAUCCAAAUCCGAAGUCAAAGUCUUUUCUAAUUCUUCGCCAAAAAACAGGACAGUGAAACUCAUGGAUUCUGGUAACCUUGUGUUACUAGAUGAUGAUGGACACAAGGAAGUGAUACUCUGGGAGAGUUUUGAGAAUCCAACCGACACGUUCCUACUCGGAAUGAAGAUGGAUGGCAAUAUGAAACUGACCAGUUGGAGAAGUGGUGAUGACCCAGGAAGUGGAAAUUUCAGUUUUACGAAACAAAAUGGGGUCAACCGUUUCAUCAUCUCAAAUAGAGACCAACUUUAUUGGGAGAGCGAAUUGUACGAUACAAGGAAUCUCAAAUUAAAUAAUGAUCAAUUGGAUGACAUUAGCUCAGAUGUUUACAACUUGUUGACCAACUUCAGCUUGCCUAUAUUAAACAAUACAAGGUUGUUCCUCAACUCAACAGGUGUGUUACAAUGGGUGGACAAUUUGCUGGAAGGUGAUUCAUCAGUUAAGUGGAAGCAGCCAAAAACCAAAUGUUUAAGAUACAAUUCUUGCGGAAACUUUACUAGAUGUAACGACAAUGACCAGGUAUGCAAAUGUUUGCCUGGAUUUGACAAUGAUAACUCUGUAGCGAAAAAUUCUUCCCAAGAAGACAUGGCAGGAUGUAAGAGGAGACACUUACCAUCAUGUAACGUAAAUGACACGGCGCUCUUGAACUUGACAAUGAUUAAAACAAGAAGCCCGGAUAAUGAAGUAACAGUAGAUAAAGAAGAAGAUUGCAAAUCAACAUGCUUUAACACUUGCCCACCGUGUCAGGCUUAUUCAUAUGCUCCACCUCUUAUUCAUAUGUUUAACCCUUCAACGUGUUGGAUCUGGACACAUAGUUUAACAACUCUUAAAGAAGAGUAUAGUAAUUGGGAGAAUGGUCGCAGACUCUUUGUCGUCGUUGAUAAAUCAGACUUAGCAACAACUCCAAGAACUUGUGAGCCCUGUGGUGCAAACACAGUCCCUUAUCCUCUUAGUACCGGAUCCAAUUGUGGAGACCCAACAUACUUCAACUUUAGAUGCAACGCCUCAAUGGGUCAACUUAGCUUCACCGGCAAUGACAACAAUGUUAAUUACAGAGUUAUCCGUGUAGAUCCUGAUACCAAUCUUUGGAUAUUAGGGAUAACCGGUAAUACCCACUUCUAGAAUCAGAGGUCACAAUAGAAAGAAUGUAACCUGUUGAUAAUAGAAAUAGCAGAGGAACAAGAAUUGGGAAGAGAGAAAUAUAAUUGAUUGAUAAUGGUGUGUUUUCCUUUUCAUUCAUUCAACGGAUAUAUAGAGACCAUUGGUUACAAUUACCACUCACAUGUCACCACUACUAACAACUUGUGACAACUCACUUAAUUGACAAAAUAAGGAAAAUGGCAAAAUAGAUAAAAUUGCUAAUGAAAUACUAUAACAAUACCCUCC